GCCGGGCUCGCGCAUCCCCUCAGAGCCGCCGCCAUGGACAGCAGCGGCAAGGAGCGCGAGGCCGUGCAGCUCAUGGCCGAGGCCGAGAAGCGGGUCAAGUCCUCGCACUCCUUCCUCAGGGGCCUCUUCGGAGGAAAUUCAAAGGUAGAAGAAGCCUGUGAAAUGUACACCAGGGCUGCAAACUUGUUCAAGAUCGCCAAAAACUGGAAUGCUGCAGGAAAUGCAUUUUGUCAGGCAGCCAAGCUCCAUAUGCAACUACAGAGUAAACAUGAUGCAGCCAUCGGUUUUGUGGAUGCUGGGAAUGCUUACAAAAAGGCAGAUCCACAAGAGGCUAUGAACUGCUUAAAUGCAGCCAUCGAUAUUUACACAGACCUGGGCCGAUUUACUAUUGCUGCCAAGCAUCACAUCACCAUUGCAGAGAUUUAUGAGACUGAGCUGGUAGACAUUGAAAAGGCAAUUGCACAUUAUGAACAAGCUGCAGAUUACUACAAAGGAGAAGAAUCCAACAGUUCAGCUAACAGGUGUCUGCUGAAGGUGGCUGCAUAUGCUGCUCAGUUAGAGCAGUAUCAGAAGGCAAUUGAAAUCUACGAGCAGGUUGGAACAAAUACCAUGGAUAAUCCUUUGCUCAAGUACAGUGCAAAAGAGUAUUUCUUUAAAGCUGCUCUCUGCCACUUCAUUGUGGAUGAGUUGAAUGCUAAGCUUGCUCUGGAGCCGGAGCACAGCUCCAAAGUCCUGUCUCCUUCAUCACUCCAACCACCUUUCCCACAAUAAUAUGCUGGGCUAAUUUCUCUUUGAGUAUUGGCCUGGCCAUAGCAAAGAAAUCAUUCUUCUGCAGAGAGUUAAUAAACUUUUCCCUACUGAUGAUGGCUCCCUCUGCUUUCUCAGUCUCCUUGACCACACAGGCUUCUACACUGCAGUCACAGUUCUGUCCUCUUGGACCAACUCCGUAGAUGUGAAGACAUCUCUGGCAUGAUGACAUUCAUUCCAUUUUUGCCUCUCAAUAGAGCUGUCCCUUGGGUAGGGCGAAUUGAGGUGACCACCCCGGACCCCACGCUUUGGGGGGCCCCACACCUCGAUAAAAUCAGCACUGUCCCAAUGUUUGGCCCUUUGUCCCGCAUCCCAACCGAUAUACAACCAGGAUGCCAUUUGUCCCGAUAUUCAGAUGAGGAGGUGAGGUGGGAGGUGAGUGGGCAAGUGGGCUGAAGAGGCAAACAGGGAGGUGAGCAUCAGGUAGGCAGGCAGGAGGGAGGUGAGGAGGCAAGCAGGUGGAUGGAUGGCAAGGAGAAGAGCAGCGGUCAGGCAGAUGGGGACGCGCACUGAACGGAUGGUGAGGAGACUAGCAGGAAGGCUGAUUUGUCCUGGGCCCCACACUCCCCUAGUGACAGCCCUGCCUAUCAAACUGUUCUUUCUGCAUCUCUGGCAAGGGUUGACCCUUGUGCCCAGAUGUCCCACCUGGGCUCAUUCUCUAGCAUCUGUUCUCUAUUCUCUCCCUUGGUUACCGUUUUUCAUCCUUUAACAUUGCCACAGUUACUCUGCUGACUGUACAAAUGAAUCAUCUGUAUAGCACAUUGUCUUGUGACAACUGAAAUGACUCUGCCUACCUUGACCAAGUUAACUGUUUUCAGCUAAAUGUCUCAAAGGCAAGAAGUGGGAAGAAAAGAAGCAUCCUGUCUUUUAUCUCUCUCCCUUCCUUGAGUCCAUUCCAUUUGCCUUCAUGGUCCACAAUCUUGGCAUUGUCCUGUACUCUGUAUGGGCUCCACAAACCUGUGCACAGUGGGUUUGCACUGAAGUGCAACUCGCAUCUAAAGAACAGGACAUAUAUCCCAAAGUGAAUUCCCAGAUCCAUGGCCAUACUUGCAUAUUCAUUAGUGCACCUAAGUUUGCAUGCUCAGGCCUAACCGGACAUCCGCAUCAGGCAGCUGGACACACAUAUAUAUAUUUAGAUGCCUUCACUUCAUCUAUUCAGUUUAUGCACACAAUUGCAGUAAGUUGCACUCAAAAGCAAGCACAUGAAUGGACAGGCAGAAAAUGUGCAUGGAUCUAGGACCUUACUGUAUAAAAAAAUCUGACCUUUAAGCUCUCUGCAUUUUAUCCAAAUCCCCAUCUGCAAAAUAAUAGCUGUAAAUAAUUACACCUCAGUAAAUGUGAGUUUUAACUAACGUCAGUAAAACACUUUCUGAUUCUCAAAUGAAGUAUUUCUACUUUAUUACAAAGAGGUCAAUCAACUCAGUAUCAAUUGUGCUUUGUGUAAAAGUUGCUAGCCCCAGAAAAGGGG